AUGGAAUCGCCAAAGAAUCUUGCAAUCUCAACGAUGGGCAAAUAAACCACGAACAACGAGUUGCAGAUGUAGGUAAUAAGGAAAGGAGAUACUCCUGAAUCUACAACGGACUGAACUAUAUAGCUGGCAGCAAUCCAUAUAGUUGCGACUGCAAUUAUGUAAAAUACGCCUAGGGACCAUCUCCAAACGUCAGGACCCAUCUGUUGCUGGAUCUGAUGCCACAGCUAACCUGAUUGCACCUUGAGACUUGACCUUGUCUAUACGAAAUCGAUCAGGACUUGGUCUAACGCACAUGUGUCCUCCUCUGUCCAGCGAUUAACCAAAUUAUAAUUUUAGUGAAUACCCAAAGCAUUCUUAUUGCCAAGUUCAUACAGAAAAGAAAAGGAAUAAACAUGAACAUAUGAAUUGAUCUACCUUGAACUGCAAUGAAGAGAUUGAGCUUUUGGAAGAAAAAAAAAUCUAGACAAGUGAAAGGAAAGUAA